AUGGAAGCUCCCAUCACCCGCCGCUCCUACGACUGCAUCUUCUGCAAGCGCGGCUUCUCCACGGCGCAAGCAUUAGGCGGCCAUAUGAACAUCCAUCGCAAGGAUAAAGCGAAGAAGACGAAGCUGAACACGCAGAACGAUCAUGGCUUAUGCUGGUAUAACAAUCAUGGGGACUCACUUCCUCACUUCUCCUUCUAUUCUUCCUCCUCUUUUGGUGCUUCUGGAGGUGGAGCUUCUGUUGAGGAUCAGCAUGAAGAGUUUGGGUUGCAGGGCAGGAGAAUGAGGGUGUUUGGUGAUCAGAACGAGGAGGUGAAAGGGAAUGGGGAGGAGGAAGAAGGUGGGUUGGAUUUAGAGCUUAGACUUGGUGGAACCCAUUUUUGA